AGGGAAAAUGGUCCCACUUCUGAAAUCCGUGGCUGUGAUGGGGAGACUGGUGGAGAUAUUCAAACUGCCUUUUACCCCCAGGGAUCGACCUUUUGUUUCAGUUGCUAUCACCAAGAACUGAGUGGCUUCAGCCCAGCGUGGGACCCCUGUGGGCAUGAGACUCUAGCGCCCUCGAGCUUUGCAGGGUAGAUCAUUCACAGAAGGGAAUGUUACGGUGGACUGUGCACUUGGAAGGUGGGCCCCGGAGAGUGAACCACGCUGCUGUGGCUGUUGGCCAUAAAGUGUAUUCCUUUGGCGGGUAUUGUUCUGGUGAAGACUAUGAGACUCUGCGGCAGAUUGAUGUCCACGUAUUUAAUGCGGUGUCUCUGCGCUGGACCAAGCUGCCGCCAGUGUGGACAAACAGCCGGGACCACGUGAGGGAGGUGCCCUACAUGAGGUAUGGGCACUCGGCAGUGCUGAUUGACGAUACCAUCUACAUAUGGGGAGGCCGUAACGACACUGAGGGAGCCUGCAAUGUCCUCUACGCCUUCGAUGUCAGCACUCACAGGUGGUUCACACCCAAGGUCUCUGGCAUGGUCCCAGGAGCAAGAGAUGGGCACUCUGCUUGUGUCUUGGGAAAGACCAUGUACAUCUUUGGAGGCUAUGAGCAGCUGGCUGACUGCUUCUCAAAUGACAUCCACAAGUUGGAUACCAGCAGUAUGACGUGGACUCUAAUCCAAGCGAAGGGCACGCCAGCUCGCUGGAGAGACUUCCACUCGGCCACCAUCAUUGGCACCAAGAUGUACGUGUUUGGUGGUCGAGCCGAUCGUUUUGGGCCCUUCCACUCCAACAAUGAGAUCUACUGUAACCGAAUCAAAGUGUUUGACACCGAAACAAACUCCUGGCUGGACUCCCCUCCCACUCCACUGCUGCCCGAAGGCAGGCGGAGCCACUCUGCAUUUGGCUACAAUGGGGAGUUGUAUAUAUUUGGUGGCUACAACGCACGCUUGAACAGACACUUCCAUGAUCUCUGGAAAUUUGACCCAGUAUCCUUUUCUUGGAAGAAGAUUGACCCCAAGGGGAAGGGGCCCUGCCCUCGCCGCAGGCAGUGCUGCUGUAGAGUGGGGGACAAGAUCAUCCUCUUCGGGGGCACCAGCCCAUCUCCGGAGGAAGGAAUGGGGGACGAAUUUGACCUGAUGGAUCACUCGGACCUCUACAUCCUCGACUUCAGCCCUAGCUUGAAGACGCUGUGUAAGCUGGCAGUGAUUCAGCACAGCCUGGACCAGUCGUGCCUCCCACACGACAUCAGAUGGGAGCUUACAGCAAUGACGACAAACAGCAACAUCAGCCGCCCAAUCCUUUCCUCCCACGGAUAAUCCUGCCGCCCGGUCCCCCUCUGUCCGUCCUUGCCCUCUGCCCUGCCUUGCAGACUGAGCUGCCAUCUCAAUGUCUGUGCAUGGAUUUUUAGCCUCUCCAGAGAAGGGCUCCACGUUCUCCCCCAAAAGGAUCUGUUGUUCUUGGCAUCUGCCUCCUUGGGCCCUCACCAUCCGGCUCUGACCUUUUGUCCCUGGCAGGGCCUGGCACAGGUCUGUGUGGCACCUUGGAGGAAGAAGCCAAUUGUUCCUGCGCUCAUUCCUGGCAACAGCAGCCUGUGUGUCUAGCUCACCCCCCGUGCAGCCCCGCCGGACUGACAUGCUCAAUGCUCGCUGCUGCAGGGGCAGCGUGUGCUUUGCCUCCCCAGGAUCACUAGCUGGAGCAGUACAAACUCUGCAUGGCUCUACUGUCCUCUUUGCCCUGCCACUCGGAGCCCCGUGACUGAACUGUUUCUAGGCCAGCUUCUCCUGCUUAACCCUCGACAGCCCCUGCUGCUGUGUGGGCCUGGCCCUGCACACUCCCAAACGUGGCAGGCUCCAUCCUUCCCAGGGAGACACCUGGGACCUACAGCUGCGUGUCGAGCAGCGUCAUGCGGUGGCUGGUGCCAGUGUCUCCGCUGGAGGAAGGGUGCUGAGCAUGAAGAUCCCCGCCACGCUGGGGCGUCUCUGCUUUUUCUAUUUGCAUACAAGACUGAGUGGAACAGACUGAUCCGUGCCUGAUGGGAGAGGAGCUGGCCCAGGGGCUGCAGAGCCACUGCCCAGCACCAGGUGUAAAACAGCUGCUUUGAUUUCUAUAAAUAUUUAAAACGGG